GGACGUAAACGCCGAUCUCUCCCCUGGCGAGACGAGCAGGAAUAUAUCUCUCGUAUCAUUUAUUAUUAUCAUUCGAUGCCGGUAAGCAGGCGUGCAGGGCGUGCUACAUGCGAAGGAUGGACGGCGACACAGGAAGCUUCCCGCUGAAAAAACGAAAAACCGGUACUAUUUAUUGUUGUGUAGUUAACUGCCACAACAGCGUGGAGAACACGAGGGGUAGCUGUCCUUCCGUAACGUUCCACUCCUUCCCUGGAAAAUGGUACGAAACGGCACGGAGGGAAGCCUGGAUUUCAGCUGUUCGUCGGGAAAACCCCGACGGUUCUUCUUGGCAGCCGACGAAGAGGUCAAAAAUCUGCAGUGCGCACUUUGUCAACAAUCGUGUGAGUAACGUCGAAGGCGAUCCUUCGUACGUGCCUAUGAUCUUCCCCUGUGUCUACAGCAGGAAUGUGCCCGGCGCCGAAAGACACAAGAGGCACUUCGGACGCCAAAGCAAAGCCCGACACGGCGCUGUGCAAAUGAGCAGCGAAAAAAUGGAGCAGCCGGGACCAUCUGCAAUAUCAGAACCUCCGCUGCAUGAGAUACCUGAUGGGGAACUGGACGUGCUUGGAAAUGUUGCCCUAGAUGCCUCAAAGCUGCCAACGCACCAAGAUGUGGGAACCGAGACUGAUGGCUCAAUGCAUGUCGGCCAGUUGAAGAUCCUGCUGAGUGCCACUGAUGGUGUGAAUGCUGCGUGUCAAGUGAACCACGCGGAGCAGGUUGAAAAGUUUGACGCGUCUACAUGCGCGAGCAGAUGUGCAGAUUCGUCGUCGCCAUCCCAUGCUGACAUCUCGCAGGCAGCAGAGACGUACAGUGUGUGGAGUGCCCCCUUUGGUGCUGGAGCAAGGCCACCUUUAAUCAUCCGAUAUGCUUCACUCCCUGCUCGGUUCAGUUUGGCUUGCCAAGCAGAAGUUCACCCAAAGAGGCACAAAAAACUUCAGGCCAGAAUAAGAGGAGUGGCUGUGGGUACGCAAACUCUGCCUGGCGUGAGCCACCGUGCUGUUCAGGUUUGUCCCGUUGACAUGCAAAAACUGCCGGGCGACGACCCCACGUGAUCAAGUACAGUGAUCUCCCGGGUUCACGUACAGGCGCUUCAAGGCAGACAAGGUUCAAGUUUUCUGGCAGCCAAAGCUGGUGACUGUGUCUGAACAGCUCUCCCACAAAACCACCGUGCCUUGCUGGAGAUGGCAUGUUGCAUUCCCCUGGGCGUUUUGCCGACUUCGGUAUCUGGAGGACGCUGUAAGGUUCCGAAGGUGGACCAUUGGAGCUCGAGAAGGUGCUGACUUCCAUAUCUGUCUGAAACGAUGUCUCGCCCUGUCGCUAAAUUCACCUGAUGCGAACAGCCAAUGCAAAUGGCAAAGAAUGGGCAUCUGCACAAAAACCUGAGCUGCUGCACAAGAGAGAUCGACCGGUUCGGACUCCAUGUAACCUUAUCGGGAGAAGCGUCUGUCAGAAGAAACACCGGGAAAUUACGUAGCAGACAACGCUCCGACCUGCCGUGUCGACGGCCGAUCCCAGCUGACGUCACACCGAGAUCUUUCCUAUGAAUGGAUCAUCACAUCGUGACUCGCCUUCUCUUGGCCUGUCAUGAGAGCUCCGCAUGAGCGGGGGAAUGAAACAUCUGCCUUAGCCACAGUUCAUCGGAAGCCCUUGUACUCCUCUGAAGAACAGGCCCUCUUCGAAAUAUCGUCAACAGAAGUCUCUGCAUGUGACACCUGGAAUGUGGACUGGAGCAUCUGAAGGUUGCAGGAUCGUCCGUUGACGUGUCAGUUGUUGAGAGACUCCAUCAAGACGAAGCACCUAAGCAUUAAACAUUAAACAGCAUUAAAUCCAGAAGAUGUGGGUUCGAGUCCUACAGCCGGCUAACCUUUUCAGUGACCCAUCUUUCAUCAUUAAACAGCUUUGACAUCUAGCA